GAAGAGUCUGUGUUAUUUGUUCAAAAAAAAAAAAAAGAGUCUGCGUCUCUCAAGUCUUUGGUCUUUUGCUCCGCCGUUGAGAUAAAAAAGUGGGCAUUUCGCAGAAUGUUAUGGAAGUAGCUACUGUUCAGAGGUUUCAGUACUCAUCAUGGAUUGAUUUGAGGAAUUUUGAAGGCAAGCCUCGUGGUUCUUUGAGGUAUACACUGAGAUUUAAGGAAAAUAAAACGCUUAGAGUUGUUGCCCCUUUGGCUCUUGAUAGAAGAAGGGAUCAUCGACUAAGAUCUGUUUCUGAUCAAAACUCCUCAGCAUUGUUGGAAACUGGAAGUCUUCGUCAGUCUCCAUUUGAUGAAGAACAGAUUUUGAAGCUUUUGCAGAGAAAAGCUGAAGAGAUUAAACCAUAUUUAAAAGGACGACCUAUUUUUCUUGUUGGAAUGAUGGGAUCCGGGAAGACGACAGUUGGAAAGAUAUUAUCAAAAGCACUUGGUUAUACAUUGCUUGACUGCGACACUUUCAUCGAGCAUGCGAUGAAUGGAACUUCUGUAGCUGAGAUAUUCGAGCAUUUCGGUGAGAGUGUUUUCAGAGAAAAAGAGACCGAGACACUAAAAGAGGUUUCUUGCAUGUAUCGUCAAGUUGUUGUUUCGACCGGGGGAGGUGCUGUCAUAAGACCCAUCAAUUGGAAGUAUAUGCAUAAAGGCAUUACCAUUUGGCUAGAUGUUCCUUUAGAAGUCUUAGCCCAUAGAAUUGCUGCUGUAGGAACUGAUUCAAGACCAUUGUUACAUGUUGAUGAGGCAGAGGACAUAUACACAACGACUUUAAACCGUCUUUCAAAAAUUUGGGAUGUACGUGGAGAAGCUUACACAAAUGCCAACGCGAGAGUUUCCUUGGAGAAUACUGCGUUGAAGCUCGGUUAUAAAAGUGUAUCAGAUCUUACACCAACUGAAAUCGCCAUUGAGGCCUUUGAGCAAGUUCAGAGCUAUUUAGACAACGAAGAUGGUAUAGCUAGACUCUGAUGACCCUCUAGUUCCAGAAUGAUAUGUUUUCCGCAACAUCUCAUGAAGUUACGCUUUAUCAGAGCUUAUUUGUGCCUAGUUUUGAGUGUUUUAGCGAGUCAUGAAGAAAGAGAAAGCCAGUUAUCUGUAAUAUACGACCAAACACUCUUCAAUCAAACUUGCAUGUCUUGAUUUA